CGGCGUUGGCCUUUGAAAGCGUGUGGAGAUUUUUUUUUUCCUCGGAGAGGCGUGGGAGCCUUUCUUCGUUGCGGACGAGUGAAGCUGCCCGUCCUUCCGUGCGCGUGGGAAGCAGGUGCUGUCCAGGGUAGUUCUGCUCUUCGCCACCCGCUCUGGCCCGGCUGCAAUGAAGCCUCUGUGGGGACUCGGCCUUCUUUGCGUCCUCCUCCUGGCCGCCUCUGUCCAGGCAGAUGAACUUGAUGUGGAUGGCACUGUGGAAGAUGAUCUUGGCAAAAGCAGAGAAGGAUCUCGAACUGAUGAUGAAGUUGUGCAGAGGGAAGAAGAAUCUAUCCAGUUGGAUGGUUUAAAUGCAUCGCAGAUAAAACAAAUCCGAGAACAGUCAGAAAAGUUUGCAUUCCAGGCUGAAGUGAACAGAAUGAUGAAGCUUAUUAUCAAUUCUCUCUACAAAAAUAAAGAGAUCUUCCUGAGAGAAUUGAUUUCAAACGCGUCUGAUGCUUUAGAUAAAAUACGGCUACUGUCAUUAACUGAUGAAGGAGCCCUUUCUGGUAAUGAAGAACUCACAGUUAAAAUCAAGUGUGAUAAAGAGAAGAAUAUGCUGCACGUUACAGACACUGGUAUUGGCAUGACCAAAGAAGAGCUCAUCAAAAAUCUGGGUACCAUUGCCAAAUCUGGUACAAGUGAAUUCCUAAACAAGAUCACUGAGAUGCAGGAAGAAAACCAGUCAACUUCUGAGCUGAUUGGUCAGUUUGGUGUAGGGUUUUACUCUGCCUUCCUCGUAGCGGAUAAAGUUAUUGUCACAUCAAAGCACAACAAUGAUACACAACACAUUUGGGAGUCUGACUCAAAUGAGUUCUCUGUAAUCAGUGAUCCUCGAGGGGACACUUUGGGAAGAGGAACUACAGUAACCCUUGUUCUGAAGGAGGAAGCAUCAGAUUACCUUGAGCUGGAUACAAUUAAAAACCUGGUCAGGAAAUACUCACAGUUCAUAAACUUCCCUAUAUAUGUAUGGAGUAGCAAGACUGAAACUGUAGAAGAACCUAUUGAUGAGGAAGAAACAAAAGAGAAAGAGGAGACAGAUGAUGAAGCUGCAGUGGAGGAGGAGGAAGAAGAAAAAAAACCAAAAACUAAAAAAGUUGACAAAACUGUCUGGGACUGGGAGCUUAUGAAUGACAUCAAACCAAUUUGGCAGAGACCAUCUAAAGAAGUUGAAGAAAAUGAAUAUCAAGCUUUCUACAAAUCAUUUUCUAAGGAGCCAGAUGAUCCUAUGAGCUACAUUCACUUCACUGCUGAAGGAGAGGUGACAUUCAAGUCAAUCUUGUUCAUACCCACCUCUGCUCCACGUGGCUUGUUUGAUGAAUAUGGCUCCAAAAAGAGUGAUUUUAUAAAGCUUUAUGUCCGGAGGGUGUUCAUCACUGAUGACUUCCAUGAUAUGAUGCCCAAAUACCUGAAUUUUGUCAAGGGUGUUGUAGAUUCUGAUGAUCUUCCUCUAAAUGUAUCUCGUGAGACCCUUCAACAGCACAAACUGCUAAAGGUUAUUAGAAAGAAACUUGUCCGCAAAACACUUGAUAUGAUUAAAAAGAUUGCUGAAGAAAAAUAUAAUGAUACCUUCUGGAAGGAAUUUGGUACAAAUAUAAAGCUUGGCGUAAUUGAGGAUCAUUCCAAUCGUACUCGUCUAGCUAAACUGCUUCGUUUCCAGUCCUCUCAUGAUGAGAGCAAGCUUACUAGUCUGGACCAAUAUGUGGAAAGAAUGAAGGAGAAACAAGACAAAAUCUAUUUCAUGGCAGGAUCAAGCAGAAAAGAGGCAGAAUCUUCACCAUUUGUGGAACGUCUUUUGAAGAAGGGCUAUGAAGUAAUUUAUUUGACUGAGCCUGUAGAUGAAUAUUGUAUUCAGGCUCUCCCAGAGUUUGAUAACAAAAGAUUUCAGAAUGUUGCUAAGGAAGGAGUAAAGUUUGAUGAAAGUGAAAAGGCAAAGGAUGCACGUGAAGCUUUGGAAAAAGAAUAUGAGCCUCUCCUGAAUUGGAUGAAAGAUAAAGCUCUAAAAGAUAAGAUAGAAAAAGCUGUGUUGUCUCAGCGGUUAACUCGAUCCCCCUGUGCACUUGUGGCUAGUCAGUAUGGAUGGUCAGGCAAUAUGGAAAGAAUCAUGAAGGCUCAAGCUUAUCAGACUGGCAAAGACAUCUCUACAAAUUAUUAUGCAAGCCAAAAGAAAACAUUUGAAAUCAACCCUAGACAUCCUGUUAUAAAAGAUAUGCUCAAACGUGUUCAGGAAAAUGAAGAUGAUCAAACAGUUGCAGAUCUUGCUGUGGUUUUGUUUGAGACUGCUACCCUAAGAUCAGGAUAUUUGUUACCAGAUACAAAAGAAUAUGGUGACAGGAUAGAAAGAAUGCUGCGAUUGAGUUUGAACAUUGACCCAGAAGAAAAGGUGGAAGAUGAGCCUGAAGAACCAGAAGAGACUGCUGAAGAGGUAGAAGAACAAGAAGAGGAGGAAGUAGAACCUGACGAUGAUAGUGAACAUAGUGAAACAGUUGAAGUUAGUAUACUUAUAUGGCUUUUCUCCACCAUUGUACAAAAAGUAGUUGCUGGAUCCUUACAGUUGACCUUAACUAUAGAAUAUACUGUGCCAUGAAAAAGUACAAUUAUGAAGUCAUUGUCAGUCUAAAGGAUCUGUUGAAUCCAGCGAAACCCACUUUUCUGAUCAUACUGUUUUCAGGACUCGCUUAUAGAACAAUUCCAUGCCACUGUCCACAGCUGUUAAAACCAAAUGAGUUCAUAAUUUACUUCUUUUAUAAGUUAAUAGUAUAGUGUCCCUGAGGAGCAUUUUUUAUUUUAUACACCAUUGCUGGAGCAAAUAAAAUUUGUUAUCAGCUCCCCAGAGCUUCCAUCCUGGAAUUGUGAUCCAUUUUGGGUCCCAGCUCAGUUGGAGUACCACUGCUUUAAGCUGUGGAACUGCUGUUAAAAUGCUGUUACAAGUGCUGGAUUCUGCUGUGGUUAGUCAAAAUACAGUAGCCAGUCCACUUAAAACCAAAGCAUUAACUUUUAGCAUGAGCCAAAAAUGAAUAUUGAUGCGUUUCUUACAGACACUUGGUUUGUUUAGUAAAACAUUCCUACAAGUCAGACCUUCAAGAAACAGGAUAGCUGUUGUGAUGCAGAGGAAAACUUUUGCAUGGUGGUGUGCUUGGUUUCUCUGAACAAAACAAGUAGUUAAAGAUCUAAUCUUAGCAUUAGAACUGGUGGAGUAGUAUAAAAAUGUGGUAGACAGUUCUCUUGUAUUUU